AUGGUAGGCCGUCUAGCAUCAAUUGCGCCUUCUAAUACAGUUGCCAGCUACUACAACACUGGUGCUCUCUCCGAUGUUGUUGUUGCCUGCGAUGACCAAGAGUUCAAGGUCCACGGGGUGAUCUUGUCCGCCCACUCGAAAUACUUCGCAACAGCACUGAACGGCAACUGGAAGCUCCGAAAAGAAGAUCGAAUUGAAGAUUUCGAUGCAAGUGUCGUGGAAGCGAUGCUUCGUUUCAUGUAUUCAUUUGACUACAGCAACAUCUACGGCACGUCAACUAUGGUGUACGACGCCCAAGUCUACCAGAUUGCUGACAAGUAUGACGUUCUGGCGCUUAAAGCCCAUUCCAAGGACAAGUUUGGCGUCGCCAUCACCACUGGGUGGAGCAUGGAUGAUUUCCCACUUGCCAUUACCAUAGUGUACGAAUCCACACCUUCUGCAGAUAGGGGACUUCGCGACUUGGUUGUGGAGACCUCUCAGAAGAACAUUGACAAGCUCCUUGGGCACGAUAGCUUCAGUGAACUUCUCAGGAAGACUCCUGAUUUUGCAGCCGAUCUGAUUCCUUUUUUAUGUGGCAAGUUCUCAACACAUCGCUAUGAAUGUCCUUCAUGCGAACACCAAUUUCGCGGUGAGUUCUCGGGGAUGGGUUACCACUGUCCAAACUGCUCCCGACAGUGUCCAGACUGGGACUCUCACCAGAUUGAGGGAUAA